AUGGCCCGUAUGAGUUACAUUGCUAUUGCCCAUUACCUUCUUUACCGUAAAAUCGUUCCGAGUGGUGUUUACAAGCGUCGACGUAUUGGCGAUACAAUCAUCUACUGCUUUGACUCAAGCAAGCGAUGGGGGACAAAACUUUCGCAAAUGAUGCAAGGGUUGAAGGAGGCUAUUGAAAAAAAAUAUGUUGAGAGCGUCUUGGUCGUUAUCAAUGAGGGGGAGGCUGCUUCGGAGGUCUUCAUUAUCCGCUUUAGUUAUGAAAAGGAGCAUUCACUCAGCAUUGUCAACGAGGAUGGUCAUCCAAUUAUCUCUUCUGAAUACAAAGACGAAAAGGCAUUCCGUUACCAAACCAAACACAUGAUCAAAAAAAUCAACAUUGUCACCAAAAAACUUUCUCCAUUAAAUGCUGGCGUUUCUCCUGAAUUAAAGCUUACUUAUUUUCCGGGCAGGGAAUGGGACUUACAAUUUUGUUACCAAACCACAUUUUAUACUUAUGGUUACAUUUCGUCAGUCUCUACAGCAAUUGCAUUUCAACUUAAAAGUACUUAUUUUGACAAGGGGAAAAUUAACGAAUUGGAGGACACUCUUUAUGAUGAGGCUGGUAUUGUUGACAAACAAUUUGUGGAUGCAAAGGAUGUUAGCGGUGAUUGUUUCUCUGAUGAAGAAGAAAGUCCUAUUCAACAAAUUGCGGAAAGUCCAAUGAUGGAGGUUGAAGUUCCACGUGGUGAGGUUGUUUACAAACAUGUCUUUUUGGAGGAUCCCAAGUCGUCGAAAUCAAUGCGUUCACUUUUGAAGAGUCCGGAGGAUCAGCUUGCUUAUGAUGGUGCCUUUUAG